CCAUUUAUUUAACCUGUCAACAAAGUUCAAUAACUCGUUUAGGCCUAAAUCUGUUGGCAAGUUUGGGAUUUCGUAAGCCCAUAAAAGUGACGUAAAUCGCAAAUUUCCUUUUCUAGAUCGCAUUCUAGGUUACUUUUUUCUCCGUGGAUCGUCUCUGCCUUCGUAUUAACCGUACAUAUGAUUUUAAGGCCGUAUUUUAGUUUAAAUCGACGAGAUUCUGGCUCUGACACGUUAAACACGGAAAAUUAACACCUGGACAAGUAAUCUGAACUGUGGAUCUGUCGUUAGAUAAAUGUAAUUAUCACUCGGAUGACUAUAAACAGAAGGAUCAUUUACACUUACAUUUACGCAAAUGUAUCGUUCCUGCUUGAGGUUUGUUGAAAAUAUCGUCAAAAAAGAUAACAAUAAGAAUCAAGUAGAAGUGUAUAAAAACACGGCUAAUAAUAUUUAUCAUGAACGUCAAGUUAAAGAACUGUGCGCUCUUCACGCACUCAACAAUCUCUUCCAAAAUGCCACUGCAUUUAGCAAAGAGAUGUUAGAUGAUAUCUGUCACCAACUUUCUCCAGGAAAUAUUGUCAACCCACACAAAAGUAUGCUCGGUUUGGGAAAUUAUGAUGUGAACGUCAUCAUGAAAGCACUACAGUAUAAACAUUACGAAGCUAUUUGGUUUGAUAAAAGAAGGGAUCCAAGUUGUAUCAAUUUGUCCCAAAUUAAAGGAUUCAUUUUAAACAUUCCAAGUGAAAUGAAAUUUGGUUUUAUUCCUCUUCCAAUAAACCGCAAACAUUGGAUUGCUGUUAGAGAAAUAAGUGGGAUUUAUUACAAUCUAGAUUCAAAACUAGAUUCACCUGUAGUAUUAGGAAAUGAGACCGAACUGUUGACGUAUUUAAGAGAACAAAUAAAUAGCAAAGAACGUGAGAUAUUUGUCGUAGUUAGGCAAGAAUUAACGGAUUCUUGGCGAAAUGACAUCAAACUGGAGUCGAACCGAUCGCUAACUGGAAGUGGCAUUAGCACAACGGUACUCUCGUUAGAACAGGAGACAUAUAAUUAUAUAUUACCGGAUACAGUAGUGACAGCAUUCGUCAGUCCUGCUUCUUCUUUGAAUAAAAAAGACAAGCGCAUUAUGCAACUCAGACAGCCAAAGGCCACAAAUGAAAAAUUAACCAGUUUUUCCUUUUCCGAUACUGAAAGCACUUUAACGUUACAGUGAGAUUUUGAAAUAUUUUUGCUCAGUGCCAGCCAAGCGUCGUUUUUGCUGCUUGUGUCAUCAAUAUCCGUCCUUUGCUGUUGAUUUAGAAGAUUAAAUUUUACAAAUCAACAACAAAUUGUGUAUAAAUAAAUUUUAUAUUUUAAAAGUGCAACGUUUAAUUGCCAAUUGGGAGCCAAGAUGCCGUCUUCUUUUUAUUGCGUUAAAAUUUCCGUAAACUUACUUUUAAGUGAUAGAAACUAGUCGGUGCGAAACGUCUGCAAAUAUAUUUCCAUAUUUUUCUUUGGUCUUUUUGGGCAACAAUAACAAAGACGAGCCAUUCUUUAUAUAUUUUUUUUAUAUAUAUAUAUAUUUGCAUUGUAAUUAUAGGACAUUUGGGAUUUAAAAAUUAAUAUAAAAUGUUUCAUGUUGUAUAUAAGUGUAAUAAACAUUUAUCAUUGAAUAUAUUUACAUAGUCUAUGUAUACUAUAACAGUUAAUACUAAUGUAUUGUUUAUAAACUUUUUUGUUAAAUAAAUUGUCACAAAAUA